UCUUGUAUCUUCUGUGCCAUCGGCACGUACUCCCCGAUCGCACAGACACAGCUCUGCUCCAGGUGCCCCCCAGGCUCCUUCACCAACCUGACGAACCAGACGGUCUGCCUGCUGUGCGAGCCCGGGAGCUUCAACGAUCUGUUCAACGCUUCCUCCUGCUCCUCCUGCGAUCCAGGCACUUUCAGCUUGUUUGGGUCUACCAACUGCUCAGCAUGCGCCCCUGGAAGCUACAGUCUCAUCGCAGCUGGAGAAUGUACCCCAUGCUCUGCUGGCUUCUUCGCAAACUCCAGCAGGAGCUCAGCUUGCUCUGCGUGCUCUCCCGGCUCGUUCGCCAACUCCACAGGCACCAUCCUCUGCUCCAAGUGCUCCCCCGGCUCUGCUGCCGUCAGAAACGCCUCGACCAGCUGCGACAACUGCGUGCCCGGCACCUUCAGCGCAGCAGCUGGGCAGGAUAUGUGCAUGCUGUGCGCUGCUGGGCUGUUCACGUCAGAGUUCGGCAGUGAUGGAACUUUCUCCGGCUCGUCUCCCUCCGCCGUCUGCGACGUCUGUGAGGAAGGGAAGUACGCCGAUCGCAACGGCAGCUCCACCUGCACCAAGUGUGUCAGCGGAAACUUCGUGGCCGUUACAGGCGCAACGGUCUGCCUUCCCUGCUCCCCCGGCACGUACAGUGAGCCGGAGUCAGUCAACAUCUCCUUCUCCAGGUUCCCCGACACCUGCCUCGAGUGCGCCUCAGGGACGUAUGCGGCGAGCAACCGAUCGACGUCAUGCUCCUCGUGU